AUGCGGCCUGGAAGCUCGACUGGUACUAUUAUUCUUGGCCACGGCCACGCGUUCAUCACGCUCGGUCUCUCGGGAAUGCAGUCAUCCAGUGUCGACGUAGUGGCGUUUGGCAUGUACGACAAGCAUGUUGCUUGCUGUUAUGCUCGAAUAGUCGCACAUGACGCAUACGCAGGAAGAGAUGUUUGGAAGACGGUUAUCGGCAAGCACAAGUGGAACCAGCGUUGUAGAAUAGUUGGGAUCAUGCAGACAGCCGUAUGGGCCCAGGCACACGGUCGGUGCAUAAUUGCUGCUGCACCAUGGCGUCGUUUGGGUCGGUUUGGUAGGUCUGGCCUGGCAGCCUGA